CAUGGCUCCUCCUCGCAGUCCCAGAGCACAUCUGGCUCCUCCUCCAACACGGUCCCCACGUGUAGCCAGUCCUCUCACUCCAGCUCUGGGACUCUGAGUUCCUUAGACACAGUGUCCACUCAGGAGCUGUACUCUAUUCCCGAGGACCAAGAACCAGAGGAGCCCGUCCCUGCUCCAUGGGCUCGUUUAUGGGCCCUUCAGGAUGGAUUCUCCAAUCUUGUUUUUGUAUUUUUUGAUCUGACCGUUGAUGAUCAAUCUGUUUAUCCUAAGGAAUUAAGAGAUGAAUACAUUAUGUCAAAAACUCUUGGAAGUGGUGCCUGUGGAGAGGUGAAGCUGGCUUUUGAGAGGAAAACGUGUAAGAAGGUAGCUGUGAAGAUCAUUAGCAAAAGGAAAUUUGCUAUUGGCUCUGCGAGAGAGACAGAUCCAGCUCUCAAUGUUGAAACAGAAAUAGAAAUUCUGAAAAAGCUCAAUCAUCCUUGCAUCAUCAAGAUUAAAAACUUUUUUGAUACAGAAGAUUAUUAUAUUGUUUUGGAAUUGAUGGAAGGAGGAGAGCUGUUUGACAGGGUGGUGGGCAACAGACGCCUGAAGGAAGCUACCUGCAAACUCUACUUUUACCAGAUGCUCUUGGCUGUACAGUACCUUCACGAAAAUGGCAUUAUACAUCGGGACUUAAAGCCAGAGAAUGUUCUACUCUCAUCACAAAAAGAGGACUGUCUUAUAAAGAUUACUGAUUUUGGGCAGUCUAAGAUUUUGGGGGAGACCUCUCUCAUGAGAACCUUAUGUGGGACCCCCACCUAUUUGGCUCCUGAGGUUCUUGUCUCCUUUGGGACUGCCGGGUAUAACCGUGCUGUGGACUGCUGGAGUUUAGGAGUUAUUCUUUUCAUUUGCCUUAGUGGGUAUCCACCUUUCUCUGAGCAUAAGACUCAAGUGUCACUGAAGGAUCAGAUCACCAGUGGAAAGUACAACUUCAUUCCUGAAGUCUGGGCAGAGGUCUCAGAGAAGGCUCUGGACCUUGUCAAGAAGUUGUUGGUAGUGGAUCCCAAGGAGCGUUUUACAACAGAAGAAGCCUUAAAACACCCGUGGCUUCAGGAUGAAGACAUGAAGAGAAGGUUUCAAGAAUUGCUUUUGGAGGAAAAUAAAUCAAUGGCUGUACCCCAGGUCUCAACCCAGCCUUCCACUAGUCGAAAGCGAGCCCUUGAAGGGGAAGCAGAGGAUGCCGACACCCCAAAGCGCCUAGCUCUGUACGCUGCUGUCUCGUGAGCUCUGU